AUGAGGAUAGGGAAAGGUCUUUCACUUGCUCUGUGUGAGGCCAUUGAAGAAUCUAAUAUUUUCAUAGUUGUGUUUUCUGAGAACUAUGCAUCUUCCACAUGGUGUCUGGAUGAACUUGUUGAGAUCAUGGAACGCACCCACAAGAACAGUAAGCAAGUUGUUUACCCAGUGUUCUACCAUGUAGAUCCCUCAGAUAUACGGAAAAUCAGAAAUAGUUUCGAAAAACACAUGACGGCACACGAAAAUGAGAUUGGAAAAGAGUCGCAGAGAAUACAAGCUUGGAGGUCUGCUUUGUUUGAAGCAGCUAGCUUGCCAGGGAUGCAUAUUCCCACCGG